AUGACUCCGUCGACCACGGGGCGGAAGCGCUCCCGGCUUGCAUGCCAGACAUGCCGAGACCUCAAGCGCAGGUGUGAUGGCGCCCGGCCGUGUGGCACGUGCGUGCGGUUCGAGUAUGAGUGUAUAUACCACGAGGGCAAGACAAGAAAGGGCCGCCGGCCGCAGAGUCUGGAGCACACGGCGCCGGCCAUCAAACCUCCAACGCCGGCGGCGGUGCGUCUGAUGAGCGCGCAAGCGUCUCCCGAAGAGGCGGCGCAAUCGACCUCGGGGGUCCCGCCGCACAAUCAGGCUCGUUCGCUGGAAGCCAACUCUGGAUCUGCCUUUGUCCGAAAGCUGGCGUUGCGGCUGGACCCCAAGAAGAACCCACGGAUGCACACGUUUGCCUGGAACGCAUUUCUCGGAUCCCGCCAGGCAAAACGCAUACCCGUCUACCACGCCAUUACUGAGUUGCUGUCCCUGCAGAGGAUGCAGGAACUUGCAACCGUCUAUUUCCAGCAGGUGGAUCCGAUAUACGGAUUCAUCGACCGCCACGAAGUGACACGGCAUAUCCAACUGAGAUGGACGGCACAGAUGGUUCAGCAAGCUUCAGACGCAGUGUUGUGCGGGAUUGCCGCCCUCGGCUGUCUCUUCUCUCGAGUCCACUCAGACCAGGCUGAGCUCGACCUCGUCGAGUCGGCAAGGAUACUCCUGGAGCAAUCCAUGUCCACGCCGGCAACGGUAACGAGCAUCACGGCCUGGCUGCUUCGUGUCGUGUACCUCAGAGUCGCCGGAACACACUACGAAGCCUGGAUGGCAAGCAGCAUGGUGAUGCACAUGAUUGAGGCAGCCGGCCUGACGGUCGAAUCCUCGAGCGAGUCUGCUCUUCCCUCGACGCGGCAAGAGGUUGACUCUGAAACCGCACGAAGAAUCGUCCUGGUCGCGCAGCACCUCAACAUUUGGAUGUCAUUCGACAUGGGCCUCACGCGCGUCUCCUUGUCCAAUAUCGCCAUCACGAUGCUGCCCACGCCACGGCCAGGCGAUUACACGUACGAAAUAAGCGAGCUGCUGCCAUUCUCGAUAGAAUUGGAUCCGGAGAGAAAGCCGACGGCGGCGGAACUCGAGACGGCACUGCACACGGUGCUCAGCCGCGCGCACUCGAUCCCCCCCACGGUUCUUGCUCAAUGCAACCUGGCGCUCUGUCUCUGCCGCCGACUACGAUCGCUGGAAGUCUCGCUUACCGAGUCCAUUCUUCAAAAGAUAUUAGUGCUGACGACGAAUGGUAUCCAAGCCGCGCAGGCUAUCCUGGCUGCUCGCGCGCCCUGGCAUCACAUGGCCUACGUCCCGUUUCAGAUUGUCUGUGUCCUGCUGGCCAUAGAUACCGUUUCGUCCAUCUCCCAGCUCAGAGAUGCCAUGCAGUGUCUGAAAGACAUCUCGGCCGUGUACAACACCAAAGCUACGGAAGAUGCGUUAAAGACGGCUCGCUCACUCGUGCUGCUGCACCAGAGGGGUAAAGAGAUGUUCGCCUCCGCCCUAAGCGACAUCUUGAAGCUGUGUCCGGCAAACCCGGUAGACGUGGUUUCGGAAACGUCUCCGACGCUGUCGGAUGGAACAGAGUGGAUGGAUGGGUUCCCGAUGGACUUUUCCAACCUCCAGUACUUUGAUAUUGAGCAGUUCCUCAACCCCGGCUUCUUUUGGAACGCUGGCAGCAACGGCAUGAUGUAA